AUGGAGAACGGCACAGAGGGCAAGAACUUCUACAUCCCAAUGAACAACAGGACGGGGCUUGUGCGGAGUCCUUUUGAAUACACUCAGUAUUAUUUGGCAGAUCCAUGGAUGUUCAAACUGCUGGCGCUCUACAUGUUCUUCCUGAUCUGCACUGGCUUUCCCAUCAACUUUCUGACACUGUUGGUCACGGCUCAGAACAAGAAGCUCCGGCAACCUCUCAACUUCAUCCUGGUCAACCUGGCUGUGGCUGGACUGAUCAUGGUCGCCUUUGGAUUCACAGUCACCUUUUAUACUUCCAUAGUGGGCUAUUUCUCCUUGGGACCCAUGGGCUGUGCAAUUGAAGGAUUCAUGGCUACCAUUGGAGGUCAAGUGUCUCUGUGGUCUCUUGUGGUUCUGGCUAUUGAGAGAUACAUUGUGGUCUGCAAACCCAUGGGUAGCUUCAAAUUUACAGCCACACACGCUGGAGCAGGUUGUGCAUUCACCUGGAUCAUGGCUUGCUCCUGUGCUGUCCCUCCUCUUGUUGGCUGGUCAAGGUACAUUCCUGAGGGAAUACAGGUUUCCUGCGGACCCGACUACUACACUCUGGCCCCAGGCUACAACAACGAGUCCUUCGUCAUGUACAUGUUCAGCUGCCACUUCUGUGUUCCUGUCUUCACCAUCUUCUUCACUUAUGGAAACUUAGUGUGCACCGUGAAGGCGGCUGCAGCCCAGCAACAGGACUCAGCAUCCACCCAAAAGGCUGAGAAGGAAGUAACACGCAUGUGCAUCCUGAUGGUGUUGGGCUUCCUGUUGGCCUGGACUCCAUAUGCCAGCUUUGCUGCUUGGAUUUUCUUCAACAGGGGAGCUGCGUUCUCAGCCACGGCCAUGGCAAUCCCUGCCUUCUUCUCAAAGAGCUCAGCAUUGUUCAAUCCUAUUAUCUACGUACUGAUGAACAAACAGUUCCGUAACUGUAUGCUUACCACUGUUGGAAUGGGCGGUAUGGUGGAGGAUGAGACCUCAGUAUCAACCAGCAAGACAGAAGUUUCCUCUGUUUCCUAA